GCUUGUUUCGUUUUUUUUAUUAUUUGUAAAGCGGAUCUCAUAACUCUAAACACUAUAAAAUUUGGAACAUACUAAAGGAAUGGCCAAACACGGAGAAAUUCUACCAAAAAGGGCGUAUAUGGAUAACCCAGAUAUUAACUGGAGGUAUGGGUCUAAGCCCGACUACCGGAAAGUAAAUGAGAUAUUUAUGAGGGAAAGAACAAAAGUACACACAGAAGGAUCUUUGGAGAAAAUAGUUGAGGAUUUAGUCAAGACUUGGGAAAUGGAAAGCAGCCACAAGGUCAAGAAACAGGAUUGGGGUUCUGUUGACCAAAAUGUCUUCUGCAUAAAGGUUAACGGUGGAAAAAAGUUCUACCUUGACGACAACAUAGAAAUUGGCAACUACAAUAUACUAAUGCAAGACAGUAUUCUGUAUGACGCCAGCAAGGAAACAAACGACUCAUCUCACGAAUUGUUUAGGAAUGUGUUUAAGAGUGGAUUCCCAUGGGAACUGCUUGAAGUGUAUUCAGGCCCGCCGACUGUAGCGUUCACUUGGCGUCACUGGGGAAAAUUUGAAGGAGAUUACAAGGGCGUUAAAGCUACGGGAGAGACACUAGAAAUGUUUGGAAGUUGUGUUGCGAAUGUCAGUGAAGAUCUGAAAAUCCUCUCAAUAGAAGUGUUUUAUGAUCCCAAUAUAAUGCUGAAGAAGUUAACGGCUACCGGUGAAAAGGUCAAGUGCCCUUUCCAUCACUUAUAGAUAAAAUAUCGAUAAUUAUAAACAACAGAGAGUUGUGUCUGUUCAAAACCAAUAAAACAGUUUAUGUAUCUAGAACUUUUCUUUGUAUCUGAUGCACUCAUUGAAUAACAUAUUUCUUCAAUGCAGUUUAUUUUCUGUAGUUCUUUCAAAUAUACCAUGCUCAAGCGAA